UAGGAAGUUUACUAGAGUUCGAGCAUUUGUGCAGUCGAACUGUUGGGGUUUAAAAUAAUAAAAAGAAAACGAUUAAGUUCGUUGUGAUCCUUAUCUCCACACAGCCCUGUAAAUAUUCUGAAAAAGUGUUUUUUUUGUACAUAAAUAAGCUUGAUUUUUAAGGCGUGUGUCCUCAGAAUUUAUUAUUUUGAAUUUGGACAUGACGUCAGCGGACAGCUGUGCGUACUAAUGCACUGGCGCAAUCAGUGCGGGAUGUGCAAGGACAGCAGUCGCUACACUGUUGUGGUUUUUUUUCGUCCGCCGUGGAGGAAUAUUGGCGAGGGAGGCAGACAAGUGGGCUGUGCACCUUUAAGAGAGGGCGGAGAAAGUAGAGCCCCGGGGCUGUGUGUUGAGCGCAGUGCUGAUGCUGUUUAUGUAUCUUUUUAUUUAGUUUCUUCUAUUUUCUUCGAGCUGAUCUUACUGCGUUAUGUGUUUUUAAUGAGUGACGCUUGGAGGCGGGGUUCAUACAAGGUCUCAAGUAUUACAGCAGUCCCGAGGAGGCGGGCUCGCCUACAGUAAAGAUUCAUUCCUCUAAUGCAAGCCUGAAAAAUGAUAGAGAUGUCAUUUGACAAAGAAACUGUUUUAUCAUGUGAGGGGCUAAGAUACCCCGCUUACCAACAACUUACAGAACUUUCUGGAAACAAUACCAGCAUACCUGGAGAGACCACAGGAACAAACCUCCGCAAUAAGGAUAAUGAAGAGCCAAGAAUUGAGACGUCACAGGAGCACAAAGAUAAUUCCACAACGGGUAACACAGCAGUGAGUGAAAGUAGUGUGCUUGGGGCCGAAUCAUCUACAAAGACCCAGCAUGACACCCAACAGUCAAAAUUCCAACAGCAGAGACUCAACAAACGGCGCAACACUAUGAGCACUGGCUUCAAGCACCCUUGUUAUGGGAAGCGACGACGCCGUGCCAACUCUGAAAGCGAGUCGGUCCUGCCAACUAACUUCCUGCUGGGCGGGAACAUUUUUGACCCACUCAACCUCAACAGCCUUCUUGAUGAAGAGGUGAAUCGGGCGCUCAAUGCAGAGACGCCCAAGUCCUCCCCAUUGCCGGCCAAAAACAGAGAUCCUGUAGAGAUCCUGAUACCCAGAGAUAUCACAGACCCCCUCAAUCUCAAUUGCCCUAAUGUAGGAAGCCGCAAUAGGCUGGUUUCUCCCUUAAAAAGUGGUGGAGGAAAGCGAAGACAUCGUAACAAACACCAUGGAGCAAGCGCAGGAGGAGCAAGCGCAGGAGGAGCAAGCGCAGGAGGAGCAAGCGCAGGAGGAGCAAGCGCAGGAGGAGCAAGCGCAGGAGGAGCAAGCGCAGGAGGAGGAAUGGCCACGCAGUCUGAUUUACCUGAGUCUAAAGGUUGUACAGAAGUACAGACUGGAACCACAUCACAUUUUGAGUCAAGCAGUGUGGUGGACAGCCUUGCCCCUGAGGCCCUGAAAGAGGACCAUAUGCUAUUGAACUCUACUAUUGAGGCUCAGUGUUCAAACAAACCCAGUUUAACUGCAAAUGGCAGUGAGGGGAAGGAGAAAAAGGGAUGCAUUCCACCCACCGAUGACAAUUUUGCGGCACCCCCAUCUGGAAACGCAACCAACCCUUCAUCAAGCAGGCAGCGCAAACGUAAUCGGGCUAUGGGAAGAUUGGAGAAUACCGAUAGUUCAUAUGGGGCGAGAAGCUGGGCUCCAAGGUCUGGUAGGCAUUCUCAGCCCUUUCACACCCCAGGGGCGGGACCUUAUACAGGGGGUAUGGACAGGCCUCAACAGCAUUCAAACAAUUGGAGGUCACAGUAUAAUUACAACCAGCACCAACAACAGCAGAAAAAGAAGUUUCAGUACGGCAACUAUAACAAAUACUAUGGUUAUCGGAACCCAGGGCUGAACGAAGAUCCACGUAUCUGUAUUCUGAAACCCGAGUGGUUCCAAGGAAAGGUUGUGUUGGAUCUGGGCUGCAACACCGGCCACCUGACUCUGUCCAUCGCCAAGAACUGGCGACCAGCACAGAUUGUGGGCCUAGAUAUCGAUGGAGCACUGAUACAUGCUGCCCGACAGAACAUACGCCACUACCUCUCUGAACUCCACACGCAACAGUCCCGACGUUCUGGGGAAAAUGGAGUAAGGCAUAGAGUGGAGGACAGGAAAGAGCAUGAUUUACCAGAAGAAAAAAGCCAGAGAAAGAAAGAUGGACAAAAGUUUGGGGUAGCAAAAGAGGAGCAUUUUGCACUUGAAAAUAAAAAAAAUUCAGAUAGAAUGAUUGAAUACAAAGGAGGGAUAGUAGUUGGUGGACAUGCAGAACGAGAGAAGGGAUGGGAGGAGAAAGGGUAUGAUGCAGAGAAUAAGUCCACAGAGGCUUAUCAUGGAGUGAGUGGAAACAUGGAGGAUGGAGAAUAUGUAGGCCUCACUGAUGCAAAGCAUUCAUUCCCUGUCUCACUCCGAAUCUCAAGAGGACCCAUAGCUGGCCCCCCUUUGCCUGAGACAAACGCAAACCGUCUCCCUCCUGGAGAUUUCCCUGCCAACAUCACCUUUGUCAAGGGGAACUAUGUGCUGGAAAGUGAUGCGAUGCUGCAGGUGCAAAUUGAAGAAUAUGAUGUAAUCCUGUGUUUAAGUGUGACAAAAUGGGUACACUUGAACUGGGGUGAUGCAGGACUCAAACGGCUAUUUCACAGGGUUUUCAAGCACCUGCAGCCAGGAGGACUCUUCAUACUGGAGCCCCAGCCUUGGAACUCCUACAGCAAGAGAAAGAAACUCACUGAGGCCAUCUAUAAGAAUUAUCAUAGCAUCAGCUUCAAACCAGACCAGUUUUCCUCCUACCUGACUACCGAAGUGGGCUUCUCAAGUUAUGAGCUCAUCGGAACUCCACAGAGUUUAUCUAGAGGUUUUCAAAGACCAAUCUACCUUUUUCACAAAGGAUCCUCGCCUCAAAAGUGACUACCAGUUAGAACUGCCAAGAUUACAUCAGAAAGUGCAGUGCUUGGGUAUUGAAAACAACUAUCAUUCGAAGCCACUGGAACAUUUGAGCAUUUUCCAUAUUUCUUUAAACUGGAAUAAGACUAUGACUGAUUUUGACACUUUCAACAUUUUUAACUCUUAAAUGGAAUCUCAUUGGUGCUGCGAAAGAUAACAUUUCUUCCCCCCUCCAUCAUGAUAUUUCCCAAAAUUUAAAAACUUCAAAUACAGAUCAGAGUUUUUCCACCAUCCCAAAGAGCUGGUGUUACUUGUAUCUCUCAAAAAGAACAGUCUUUUGGAGAACUGCAUUGUUAAAUCGAAUCAGAUCCCAUCAAGUAAAUUCUAAGAUCCUCAAACUCCGCUUGUUUUUCAUUUUGAAUUAACUUUUGGACAGUUGGACUCAAAAUUGUGAAUACUUAAAGCAAGUCUGCCCUCCUGUGCAGCACACAACUGAUAAGUGAACCUCUAGGAUUUGAAGGUUUCAUGAUUUGAAAUGUUUUUGGGGAAAAUAUAUAUAUAUAUAUAUAUAUAUAUAUAUAAUUUAUUAUUAUUAUUAUUCAUUCAGUCGAAGCUCUGGUUUCUGUGCUUUAUUGAUCUUGCACUGUCAUCUUUUCUCUUAAGGUUAAAGCAAAGUAUUGCUAUUAACGUAAAUAGGAAGUUCCUUUUUGCACAAAAGCUGCUGAAAGCUUUUGACAAUUUUAACGUCCAUCUUUCCAUCCCAAGUCACCAAGUUCCAUCAACAUCCCAUCAAAAGUUUUGCAGCCAGACAAGUCUAAUGUGGUUGGCUGGUUUCCCAGUUUGAUCAAGUUGUUUAGGCUGGUCUGUUUUGAUGGUUUUAGAUGAGCACUUGACGGCUGGUCAGGCUGGGAGACCAGAACCACUAUAGACUGGUUUAAGCUUGUCUUUUCAGCAAGGCUAUGGGCACCACUUUUAGUUACAAACUGUUUCAUUCCAAUAGCUCUCCAUAAUUUCAGUCCUUGGUAGUUUUGAUGCUGCUGGUUUGUAAUAAUAAAAGUGAGGUUUUUCCUCAAUCUUAUGUCCCCAAUAAGCUGUCAGGCUGAUAUCAGAAGGAUGUGAUUCCUUUGUGGUGCAUCAUAGGGAAUUAACCUAAAACAGUUAUUUUUUAUUUUUUUAUAUGAGCUUGUUCCGAUACUCCAACUACUAAAGUUGACCAAAAAUAGAGGUACAUUUUGUGAAAUGUUCGUCCAGGUCAUAUCACUGAGAUAUGACACCUUGUUGUUCGUUUUAUUACAAUUGAAAGGAUUGCACUAAAAUGAGGGAAAAUAUUUGUGUCCCAUAUUUGUAUUUUAUGUGCAAAUGUAAAGUUGUUGUGUAUCUCUGAAAAGGGUCUUUUAAUUCAAAGCGAUUUCAAAAUAAAUUGCAA